AAAGACAUCCGUUUUGAGUUCACUGAACACGUCAAAGCUGAAAAGGAUUAUUUCAUUAGAUCUAGAAGACCAGUAGAGAUCGACAUACAGUGAUACACUGUCUCUUAUAGAAGAUCAAAUUAUUCUAGAUCUUGAUCUUAGCUCUAGACUUCUGAUCUAGAUCUAGAUAUUUAGACUCUAGUAAUUUAGCUUUAGCAGUUACUGAGUUGGAUUCUCUAGGAGACUAGACUUACCGUCACUAGAAUUCAAUCUAUCUAAAUCAGUAAAUCAGUAAAAUCUAUAAUAAUGAUAUAUAUAUCUAACACUAACAGUUACCGUAACACUGUAACUUGACAGUGACUGUUCUGUUAGUGUUAUUUUUGUUGCUUAUAAUGACUUAUAUGUUCAAGAGUCUACACUACUCUACACAGUGACUGACUUGAAUCCGUAGCAGCCAAACAGUGAAACACUGUAACAGUUGUAGACUAUAAACUAUAACUAUAAUAAACAGUAACAUUAUUAUCAUUAUCUAGAAUCUAAAUCUAGACUAGAUUUGUGAAUACUACAGUACUUCUAGACUGAACUGUUACUGUGAGUGAGUGUGACAGUCCAGAUUUAACACUGUAACAGUCAUUAAACAGUGUGUACUUUAACCAAGAGAAGAAUCAAAGUCAAAGGCUUACUCACUGAUCAUUGUUGCGUUUGAUAGUCUCAUUCAUAGAUCUAGUGCGACUUAUUCAUAGAUACAUUGAAGAUGAUUAGAACACUUGUGGCUGCUUUGGUUUGUCUUUGUCUCACUGCCAAAGUUCUAGGAUUGCCAGAUAUUCGAGUCAAAAGAGCUCCUGUAUCUACACCUUCUGAUCCAACCAAUCCUGCUGGGCUUAUGCAACCUUUACCACCAGACAACAUGGCAAAAAUUCCUGAAAAACCUAAGCCUAUCAAGAUUGCUGAAAGCCCAGAGUGUCUUGAAGAUGUCCAGAGGCUGUGUGCAGAUAAAGCUAAAGCCAACAACUUUAUUGUGCUGGAUUGCUUGCAGGAUAGUAUCUCUGCAACAGAAAGUCUUUCUUCCCAAUGUGAUCAUUAUUUGUGGAAAUACAAAAAUAAGCUGUCUAAAGAUAUUCGAUUUGAUCGUGCAUUAGAUGAAGCUUGUUCUCCUGAAUUAGAGAAGAUUCCUGAUUGCAAAAAGUUGCCGAAGGGUGAAGGCAAAAUCAUCCCAUGUUUGAUAGAUCAUUAUGAACAGGUUAAAUCCAAACCCUGCCUUACAUUUCUCAACAAGAUGGCCAGCAUUAUAUUCAGUGACUUUCAUUUCAUGGAUUUCUUUAUGAAGAACUGCAGUCAGGAUAUUGAGAGAACACAGUGUGGGCGAAUUGAAAACCUGGAACCUGAGUCUACAAGCAGCCACCAGCAGGGUAAGACCAUCUUUUGCCUGAACUUACACAGAAAAAACUUGACCAAGACCUGCAAGAAAGCAUUGUUGAGAGUGGCGGAGCUUCAGUCUGAUGACUACCACCUGGACAGGCCGUUGUACUAUUCCUGUAAAGCAGACAGGGAAAACCUUUGUCAUGAUGUUGUAUCUGGCAAUGGCGCUGUCUUUAAAUGUCUUUAUAAACAUCUGGGAGAUCCCAAACUGACUCCUGACUGUAAAGAAAAACUGGAAGCCAGACAGGCUUUAAUAGCUGAGGAUGUCAAAGCUGACAAGUCCUUCUACACAGCAUGUGGGCGUGACAUUGAAGAAAAUCAGUGUUUGAAGAAGAAUGACAACUCUGAUGAUGAAGUUGAUGACAAUUUGAGACGGUCUUCAGUAUUGCUUUGUUUGGAAGAAGCUCAGAGUGAUGGAGAGAAAAAAGUGAGUCCUAUGUGUAUCCAGGCCAUGUUUGAGCUGCGUUCUGAACUGAUGCAGGACUUCAAGAUCAGUCCUGAGCUAGUCAGUAGCUGUGAGAAGGAGAUUGUCAAGGAAUGCAAAGGUCUGGAUGCAGGUGGAUAUACCAUCAACUGUCUGAUGAAGCUGGCAGUCGUGAAACAUAAAGGGGGAGAUGAACCUGAGCUGAUAAGUUCCAAGUGCAAAGCUCAGCUGAGUCAACUUCUUCAUGUGGCCAACCCUGGAGAGGACAUUCGUCUGGAUCUCCCACUUCAGCGAGCUUGUGGUGAUGUGGUAACAAAGGCAUGUCAUGAUCUCCAGGCUGGACACGGAGAUGUUAUUACAUGUCUGUUGGAAAAUAUUGAUCAUGAGGAUAUGACAGAUGAGUGUGAGGAACAGCUGCUUCUCAUACAGUACUUUGCUGUCAGAGAUUUUAGACUUGACAACCACUUGUUUAAACAGUGUCAGAAAGACGCAUUUCAAAUUUGUAAAUCUAAUGGUUAUGCUGAUCCCAACACCAUGGAACCUGAGCAUGGCCCACUAGUUUUCUCCUGCCUGCACCGAGCAAUGCGUUCCAAAAAUCCUAAUGAUAUGAAGCCCUCUCGAGGAUGUGUACAUGAGAUCAAACGUGUUUUACGAGAGCGCUCCACUAGAGUGAAACUUAUUCCUGAGGUUGAAGAGGCCUGCAUGAUGGAUCUCGCAGAAAUGUGCUCAGAUGAAGAACAUAAGCAAGCUGAUAAGGAAAUGGAGUGCCUGCAAGAUAAUUUUGAUGACCUUGGAGAGAGAUGCAAAGCUGUGGUGGCCAAUUUCACAGAGGAAGAAAUGGAAGACAUUGAGAUGGAUCGUAUCCUUAUGAAAGCCUGUACUCCCAUGAUUAAAACAUUUUGCAGAGAACUGCUGAAUUCUGAUGCAAUGCCCAAUGAAGUUCUAGACUGUUUAAUAGAACACAAGAACAAUCUUGAGAUGGAUGACAAAUGUGCUGCUGGGAUUGAACAUCAUCAGAUUAUUUCAAUGAAAGAUUUUAGAUUUAACCACAAGUUCCGUGAGGCAUGUCAGAUUGCAGUGGGCACUUAUUGCACACACAAGAAAACAAAGUAUGAAGUGGUGGCCUGCCUCAGUGAACAUGUCAGGAAUGACACUCUGUUAGAGAAAGAGCAGAGGAUAGAAGCUGGUUGCCAGAAACAGUUGAAGUUUGAGCUGCUGCAAAGGGGAGAGUCUAUCAACCUCGACCCCAAACUAAAGGCUGCUUGUCAUGAAGAUAUUUCAAAAUUCUGCAAAAGCAAAAAACAGGGAGAAGGGGAAAUUAUUGAAUGUCUCAGAGGUCGCAGGAAAAAAUUAACAGAAACAUGUCACGUUUUGUUAUUUCAAAGAGAGAAAGAUGAGGCACUUUUUGGGGACUACACUGUCCAUCAUUUAUGUAGAAAAAUGAUUCAGAAAUUCUGCGCUGCUGAUCAAAAUGAAGACGACAUAAUGAGCUGCUUGAAAUCUAACAAAAAUGCCAUUGAUUUCGAUGACCGUUGCCGCCAGAUUGUGCUUCGUCGCCAGAUUGAACAGUCCCAAGAUUACCGCUUGAACCCUCAUUUGCAAAAAGCUUGCCGGCUUGACAUUCCAAAAUAUUGUUCUCAACUCUAUGAUGGUGUUAGCAAAGAUAAAGAGAUGGAUGGGGUAGUGAUUGAUUGCUUGAAGAAACAAUAUGCAAAGAAGGCCAAUAGCCUGUCUACAGACUGUGAGCAUGAGAUCAAAGCUCAAAUCAAAGAGGCUGCCCUGGAUAUUAACUUAAAUCCUGUCUUGAUGAAGACUUGCAAGUCUGAUAUCAAAGCCAUCUGUCUAAAUGAGCAAUUUCAGAAAGAUGGAGAUGAGGACGAUGGGGAUGACAAGUUUACACAUGGGGAAGGAACCAUUAUUGAAUGUCUCAAAAGAAAUUUUUUCAAACUGAAAAAUCCUGAUUGCAAAAAGGAAGUUGCCUUCACAAUUGCAGAAAGUCGUAUUGAUGUUCAGGUAGAUCCAAUACUUCAGGCUACAUGCCAGAAAGACCUGAUACACUUGUGUAAGACAGUGGCUCAAGGACAAGGACGGCAGAUGUCUUGUUUGCUGGCCUACUUAGAGAGUGAAGAAAAUUUAUUGUCAAGAAACUGCAGAGAGAUGCUGAAACGAAGAAAGGAUUUGUGGGAAUAUGCUGCAAAGGUGGCACCAGCUGAAAGUUUUGGAGAGCUGUAUGAACAAAUAUCCCAAUCGCCAUCUCGGAACUACUUUUUUGCCAUUUUGUUCACUGUUGUUGGCAUCAUUUUCAUUGUUGGGCUGAGCUGUGGGCGGGUAACCAAGAGAGUGCGAGCGGAAUUGAAAAACAAGUAAUAUUAUUAAAAUGUAUCAAUUCACCAUUAUUUGAAACCAUCAGUGUGACAGAUGUCUGGCAUUUGGCUGUGAGAAGGAUGAAACGUUUAGCAAAUUUGUUGAUUCAAAUGUAUUAUUUUUUUUAUUCCUGUUGAUUUAGUAACUAAUCUUCAUGUUUGACAUCAAAUAUUGUCAAAAAAAAACAACUAACUUUUGUGACUUUCUGUGGUAUCUCUGAAAUUCUUUAAAAGAUUUUUUUUUGUCAUAUAGAGAAAAAUUGUUACUUGAUGUCUUUCAAAAAAGAAAAAAAAUAUCUAAUGAAUAUUGUGGAAAAAUAAAAUUAUAUAGUUUUGACUUGAGAAAUUCCAAGAUGAAUGAAUAUUAUUCUGCUGUUCAUACCCUUUCCUAGUAGUCUGUAGACUUGUAGUGUUUGUGUUUUAUGACAUUACCUAUAGAUGUGGUUCAGUAUUAUUUGAGUUGAAUGUCUUAUAGUUCAAAUUUUUUUUUAUGAAUGUGAGUGUUUGGAGUCCAUUUCAUCAAUAAUUUUUAUUUUUUUUUUAAAUUUUGAAAGUAUUUUUUACAUGUAUUCGUUUUGUUUAAAAUGCCUUUUGUUUUUUUAAGCUUUGCCUUUAUUUGAUGUGAGAAUGAUAUUAUUUAUUAAUCCUUUGGUUUGUAUGUACUUGCAGAUAAACUUGACAUUCAUACAACAUGCUGAACAAAUUUUUUAUCUUUAACAUUCAACUGUGUUAUGUAUUGUCUGGUCAGACGUUUUUUUUUUCAUUUUUCCAAUUCAAUUUAACAUCCUCCUCUAGUGUUUGAACAUGACUUCCUUUAUUUGGCAGACAAGAAUCUUGUCAGUCACCACAAUUGCAUUGUAAAAGAGUCUGUUAUAACUUAUCUGUUUGUCAAAUCCAAACUCUCACAGCACUGAAGGAGGUACCUUGUGAUAACCAAGGCUAUGAAUUAUUUCAGUUUGUCUGGUGACAUAAUGUCCUUCCAGAGACAUCACACUAAGAACAAAAGACUUUAAUGUUUCAUUUUCUCUUUUAGAUUUUUUUCUAUGUAAAAAAAAAUAAUAUAAAAAUGGUUAAAUUAGGAUUUAAAAAAAAAUUAUUCUAUUGGAAAUGCUGCAAAAGAUCACCCUCUUAUAUAUAUUAAUCACAAUGUGGAAUGUUUAAAAAAACACAACAUUAAAAUUGAAGUACCGUUGAUUAAAAUUAAAUUGCUUAAAAAUGCUGACUGAGCAGAUCUUAGUGUUUUAUCAUUGCAUCAAAUGAGUUCAAAUUAAAGCAGAUACCUUAAAAAUUUAAUUCUAUGCGUAUACUAUGUUGUUGUUUUCAGCGCUCUAUUUUAAAAUAAAGUUGUUAUUUUGUAAUAACAUUAUUUUUUGUGCUUUUUUUUACCAUUUGUAAUUAGGGGCUUGGAUUUAUUAUUAUAAUUUUUGUUUUGUUUUCUGUGUUAAACUUAAAAAAAACAAGAAUAGGACUUGCUUACAUAUGCUUUAUUAAUAAUUAAUAAUAAUUGUAAUCCAUAAUAAUACUAGAGUCCUCAUGUAUUUAAAGAUAUAUAUUAAAAAAGUUUGCUUGCUUGUAAAGAUGUUAUAAAUCUAGGGUCUAUACAACAUGCUAAUGUAAGAAGUUCAUCUUUUUUUUUUAGGUGUUAGCAAAAUGACCUUUAAUUUAUUGCUAUAAGAUUUUUAUUUGAAUUGAAGCAUGUUCUGUUAAUAUUCAAACUAGUUUUCUUUAUAAGGACUCCUAUGAGAAAUUGAAUUGGCACCUCAAAGUUUAUCACUUCAUAAGUCUUGAGAAAUUAAUUUAUAGUUUAAACUUUUGAUUUUCUAAUUACAAUUUUUAUUUACCUUUUUAUAAAUAAAGACAUUUUUAUAAGGAUGUAGGGUAAUUUUAAUUUUGCAUGCGGUGGAUUGAAUCAUGUAUGAAUUGCUGUACAGACUUUCUAAAGACCUAGAUGUCUGGAUGCAGUGUAAUGAAACAGACUUUUGCUCAUAGUAUUAAAUGUUUAGUCAUUAGUUUCAGAUUUUCAGUCUGUACAACUUCUGGUCUUUAGAACAUUUUCUUUUAUAGUGUUGGUAAUUUUUGUUUGUACAUAUUUCUAACAAAUUUAUGUUAUGAAUGCAGUGACAGAUUGGCCAAUAAAGUUUUAUUUUUCUAUGGAGAA